AUGGCGGCCUCAUCCUUUAGUUGUGCUCAGUCUCUGUGCCUCACAUCCAGAGGCCGCGUUUCCUUCCCUGGUGGUUGUGUUUUGAAGAGGAGGAACAGCCAUUUGGUCUUUGCAUCUUCGUUAAAAUCCAACAAAGAUGUUAGCUCCGUAUCCAAGGUCGAGACAUUGUUAGAUAGUGUAAAAUGGGAUGACAAAGGUUUGGCGGUGGCCAUAGCACAAAAUGUUGACACGGGAGCAAUAUUAAUGCAAGGCUUUGCCAACAGGGAUGCACUAGCUACCACCAUUUCAUCACGGAAGGCAACAUUCUACAGUCGAUCGCGUUCAUCAUUGUGGACCAAAGGAGAGACGUCCAACAACUUUAUCAAUGUUUAUGACAUUUUUCUCGAUUGUGACCGUGAUUCUAUAAUUUACCUCGGGAAGCCUGAUGGGCCUACCUGCCACACUGGCUCUGAAACCUGCUACUACACCUCUGUGCUUGACUCUUUGGAAACUGAACAGGCUGCAGGAAGUAAGUUGGCAUCAACAACCUUAUACUCAUUAGAGUCCACAGUUUUUCAACGAAGAGCAGAAAUAGAAACAACUACAGAGAGUGGGAAACCUUCUUGGACGAAAAGAUUACUACUCAAUCAUGACCUGCUAUGCUCAAAAAUCCGGGAGGAGGCAGAUGAAUUGUGCCGAACUCUAGAGGAUAACGAGGAUAAAGGCAGGACAGCUUCGGAAAUGGGAGAUGUCCUCUAUCAUGCCAUGGUACUGCUGGCACUCAAGGAUGUUAAAAUGGAAGAUGUGCUUGAUGUUCUUCGACGCAGGUUCAGUCAAUCUGGUAUCGAGGAGAAAGGAAGCCGUGGCAAGCAAAAGAGCUAG